GCCAUUGCUGGCUGUGGCAAGGGAUACGGGGCAAAUACAGCUGUUUGUUCAAGAUAGCAAAGGAUUAUUUUCUUGUGUACAUUCACUGGUUGGUCAUGAAGACUGGGUUAGGGGUCUAGAUUUCUGCAUCGAUGAAAUGGGUGACCUCCUUCUAUCAUCCUGUUCACAAGAUUGCUUUCUUAGAAUAUGGAGAAUAUCUCCAAGACAACCUGGUUUUCAAGAUGUUCCUCCUGCCAAUACUUUACAAGGAGGGCAGGAAAUAAAACUGAAGGAAAACUUGCUAUGGGCUUAUGGUGCAGAGAAAGAAUACUUGUUUGCUGUUUCCCUAGACUCUGUUCUUACAGGACACGAAGAUUGGGUAUACAGUGUCCACUGGCAACAUCCACAACAGACUGACGAUCAGACGUAUCAACCCAUGAGAUUGCUAUCGUCAUCAAUGGAUAAAACUAUGAUUUUGUGGGAAUCGGACGAAGAAUCUGGAGUGUGGCUGGAAAAGGUGAGGGUAGGAGAAGUGGGUGGAAAUACACUAGGGUUCUAUGGAGGAGUCUUUAGUCCUGAUGGAAACUCAAUUCUUGCUCACGGCUAUCACGGAGCUUUUCACCUGUGGCAUUACAAUAUAGAGAGUGACUCUUGGGAUCCAGGAGCUGUAUGGGGUGGUCAUUUUAGUACGGUUCAAGAUUUAGCCUGGGAUCCAGAAGGUGAAUACCUGUUGAGCUGUAGCAGUGACCAAACUACACGACUUCAUGCACCUUGGGUUCAAGAAUCUGGACAGUUAACUUGGUAUGAGAUUGCAAGGCCACAAGUCCACGGCUAUGACGUCAGUUGUAUAGCUGUCAUUAACACGUACAAGUUUGUAUCUGGAGCUGAUGAAAAAGUUCUUCGUGUAUUUGAAGCACCAAGAAACUUUCUAGAAAAUUUUUCUCAGAUUUGUAAGGUUGAUGUUACAGCUGAUACAUGUACUAAGCUUUCUAACCUGCCCAAAGGGGCAAAUGUUCCAUCACUGGGGCUUUCAAAUAAAGCUGUAUUCGAACAAGAUCUCAUUGUAAAUGCUAACCAAGAAAAGAAACACCCCAGAGAUCAGUAUCCUGACAGCUACUUUACACCAUUGAGUCUUAAAGCUCCACCUAGUGAGGAACAAUUGUUACAAAAUACACUGUGGCCAGAAGUUCAGAAGUUGUAUGGUCAUGGCUUUGAAAUAUUUGCCUUAGCCUGCAGUCACACAGGGACCAUCAUAGCAUCAGCUUGUAAGGCAAGUAAACCAGAACAUGCUUGUAUUAUACUGUGGAAUGUGUUAACAUGGAAACAACAGGGACAACUGUUUGGUCACUCUCUGACCAUAACCCAACUAGCUUUUUCACCAAAUGACCAGUACUUGUUGGCUGUAUCUAGAGACAGGACCUGGUCCCUGUUUCAACGACAGUUGGAUAAGAUAGGUACAGUUUACGAGAGAGUUGCUUACUCUGAUAAGAAGACUGGAAUUCAUGGACGUAUUAUAUGGGGCUGUGCUUGGUCACAUGAUGGUCUGUUCUUUACUACUGCUUCCCGUGAUAAGAAGGUCAUUUUGUGGGGAGAAACGAUUGAAGAAAAGCAACAACAGAGUUGUUUGGGAAGAUUUGGAGCUCAGUCGGCUGUACUGGAAUUAGAAGAUGCCGUAACAGCUGUUGAUUUCUGCCCUGUUUCUAUCCAGGAUUCCAGGUAUCUGUUGGCCGUGGGUCUGGAGAGUGGCUUAAUUUAUUUGUAUAAGUGGUGUGGACAUCAAGGCGAUGACCAAUGGCUGUGCGUCACAAAACUUGAUAAAUGUGUGGCUCACCACUCAACGGUGAAACGUUUGAAGUUCUCACCUAAACUAGGAAAAGCCGGCUGCCGAGGGAAAGCUGGUACCGCCAAGGAUGUGGUGCAACUGGCCAGUUGUGGUACAGACGGUAUUGUUAAAGUGUACAACAUUAAGCUUUCUGCUUUGUGAGGAUUGUUUACUGUAUCAGAUUGUUAGUUGUACAAAUGUUGAUGAGAUAUAUAACAUCAACUCAACAACAGAGUUUUUGUCCAGGUUAAACAGUCUGGAGAUCUGUUACAGGACUUCCUCAGUUAACUAAUCACGUUAUCAAAGUGUAUCGUAUACACUAACAAAAUGGAUAACUACAGUUUUCAUUGCAAGGUGAGGAUGUAUUCAGUAAUUAUGAAAAAAAUAAAUUGUUGGCCAAAAACA